UUACUCCCGAGUCCUAUUACAUCACCUAUUCACGAUUCACCUCACCACUCCCACUCCUAUUACUACCUUCAUGUUUCCAGUUGUCUCAACUCACCAUUCCCCUCCAACCACUACCCCCUUUCCUUUCCCUCUCCCUCUUUCCAUUUCCCACCAUUCCACCCUUUAUUAACACACACACACAAACCUAGACCAAACAUAACUCAACCUUAAAAACACACACACACACACAUUGUAACUCAGACAUGGCAUCUCACCAGAUCUGUAUUCCUCUUCUCCUUAUUUCUCUCCUUGUUAUUACAACAACCACCGCAUUACAACCUCAAAUCAACUCCAACUCUGUCCUGGUCGCACUUCUCGACUCACGUUACACCGAACUCUCCGAACUCAUCGAGAAAGCCCUUUUAUUACAAACCCUAGAACAAGCACUCACUCAACACAAUCUCACUAUUUUCGCACCCAACAACCAGGCUCUGAACCGGAAUCUCGACCCGGAGUUCAAGCAGUUCCUCCUGGAGCCCCGGAAUCUCAAAUCUCUGCAGAAUCUGUUGUUGUUUCACAUCGUGCCUUCUCGCAUUCACUCAUCUCAUUGGCCGGCGAAGCACAAAACGCUGGGGAACAAUGAUAAUCAUUUCUUGUCAUUGACUGGGAGCUCCGGUGAGAAGUUCGUGGGCCGGGUCAGGGUGACCCGACCCGAGGACAUAACCCGACCCGACGGGGUUAUUCACGGCAUUGAGCGGUUUUUAAUCCCGAGAUCCGUUCAGGAGGAUUUUAACUCGCGGAGGAGUUUGAGAUCCAUCUCCGCGGUUUUACCCGAAGGAGCUCCGGAAGUUGACCCGAGAACAAACCGGUUGAAAAAACCGGCUCAAGUGCCCGUCGGCGCGCCGCCGGUUCUUCCAGUGUUCGACGCGUUGGCUCCCGGUCCAUCUCUAGCUCCGGCGCCGGCUCCUGGUCCCGGUGGUCCACGUCAUCAUUUCGACGGUGAGAGUCAGGUAAAAGACUUUAUUCAAACGCUACUACAUUAUGGUGGGUACAAUGAAAUGGCGGAUAUUUUAGUUAAUUUGACGUCGUUAGCUUCUGAAAUGGGGCGAUUAGUAUCGGAGGGAUAUGUUAUAACUGUGUUAGCUCCUAAUGAUGAAGCGAUGGCUAAAUUAACUACUGAUCAAUUAAGUGAGCCCGGGGCACCGGAACAGAUAAUGUACUAUCAUAUAAUCCCCGAGUACCAGACCGAAGAGAGUAUGUAUAAUUCUGUGAGGAGGUUUGGUAAGGUGAAUUAUGAUACAUUGAGAUUGCCACAUAAGGUUGUUGCUGAGGAGGCUGAUGGUUCGGUUAAGUUUGGGAAGGGAGAGGGUUCAGCUUAUUUGUUUGACCCGGAUAUUUACACCGAUGGGAGGAUUUCGGUGCAGGGGAUUGAUGGGGUUUUGUUUCCUGUUGAGGAAGAAGAGAGUAAGGUGGUGAAGAAGGUGCCUCCUGCAGGUGUUUCGAAGGUUGUUGCCAAGCAAAGAAGAGGUAAGUUGAUGGAAGUAACAUGUAGUUUGCUUGGUCCCUUUACUCGUCUUUCUACCUGUCAUUGAAAUUCCACGCCAAAGAAAUACACGAAGAAAUUUUAAUCAUGCUAUAAAAGUGCACCAAGUUUUAGGUAUCAAGAACGGAGAUGCUCAUCCAAAGCGAAACCCUCACAAAAAAGGAGAUAUUUUUUUAUUUGUUAAUCACUCUGUAAUUACUAAUUUUUUGGUUCUCUGUUUGUUUCUUUCUUCUUUGUCAUACUUUAAUAUGAAAUUGCACAUAUAUACUAGUCAUAGAAGAAUACUUUUGGCUAUCAAAAAGUUGUGUGCUUUGUUUUUA